AUGGCAGGAAUUGAGAAAUACACUAUUAAUGUCCCGGAUGCUAAACUCCAGAAAUUGAAGAAGAAGCUGGAAUUGGCUGAUCUGCCGGAAUAUGAAAUUGAAGGCGCAGGAUGGAAAUACGGCGUCCCAGCAUCCGAAACCAAACGUCUCGUCUCGCACUGGCUCAACUCUUACUCCUGGCGGGACCAAGAAGCAGCACUGAACAAACUCCCACACUUCAAGACGAAAAUUGAAGUCGAGGGGUUUGGCGAGCUGGGUAUCCAUUUCUUGCAUCAAGUUAGCGAGGAGAGGAAGGAGAGUGCGGUACCGUUGUUGUUUGUGCAUGGCUGGCCGGGGAGCUUUAUUGAGGUGACGAAGAUGUUGGGGAGUUUGAGAGGUGGUGAUGGCAAGCCAGCUUUCAACGUCGUAGCACCAAGUCUGCCAAACUACACCUUCAGUGAUGGAGUAAGAAAGCCUGGCUUUGAACUCAAGCAGUAUGCCGAAACAUGCCAUAAGCUCAUGUUGAAGUUGGGGUACAAACAAUAUGUGGUUCAAGGCGGCGAUUGGGGCCAUCUGAUCAACAGAGCACUCUCCCACCUCUAUCCCGAAUCUUGUAAAGCCAUGCACACGAACUGGAUCUUUGCUUCGCCUCCAGCAUGGACAGCCGAGAACCCAGAGCCAGAGUAUUCUGAUCGAGAGAAAGCUGCGUUGGGAAGAGCGCAGGAUUGGUGGGCUGGUGAUGGAAGAGGGUAUCUGGCUAUUCAGAGUACGAAGCCAGCAACCAUUGCAGCCGCACACCGCGACCCGGUCGCCCUCCUAACCUGGAUCUACGAGAAGCUCGUAAGCUGGUCUGACCAAUAUCCUUGGACAGACGACGAGGUUCUCACGUGGGUGAGCUUGUAUUAUUUCAGUGAUGCGGGACCGGAAGCGAGUAGUUAUCACUAUUAUGAGGCUCUGCAUGGGAGCGUGAUUACGGUGCCUAUUAUUCAGUCUUUUAUCAACGUCCCUCUUGGAAUUGCCGAUUUUCCUGUUGAGAUCUCGAAUGCGCCAAAGGCGUGGUGGGGAACUUUAGGACCCGUCGUAUUCUCCAAGUCUUACGACAAAGGAGGGCAUUUCGCAGGUUGGGAACGACCACAGGAUGUGGCGGAUGGCUUGUGUGAGAUGUUUGGGAAGGGAGGUGGAGCGUAUGGGGUCGUUGAGGGAAGGAGUGGAUAUUGA